GCCAUCCAGCAGAACAGUCAUACCUAACUGACUAAGACAGGAGCACCUCCGUAACUUUGAUCAUCUUUCAUGAGAAGAGAGCAGCUCUAAAUAUUUGAAGAAUAUCACAAGGCCAAGAUGAUAUCUGUCGUAGCUGACAUCCUAUAUUUGUUUGCGGCCAUAGCCUUUGUUAACGCGCUGCCAUUCAAAGACCAGUCCUACUCGUAUCAAGAAGAGGCAUACCCGGACGGCUAUGGAGAGCACGGCUUUGAGCCCAAAGUCGAAUACCCCAAAGCAAUACGAGGACCGUGUGUCAACGCCCGCGACAACGGCAACGUUGAGAUCUUCGCUCCAGACCCGUGUGCGUACUUGGAGUGCGUGUACACGGCGCACGACAAAGUUGGCUUCCAGUUAAGACGCUGCCCGCCCGGGACGAGAUUUAACGUGAGCAGUCUGAUGUGUGACAUGUUUGAUAAUGGAUGUAAUAUGGUCACUCACGCUCCCGUCUACCCCCCACGAGAAUACGUGCAUAAGGACGGUGCUGACAGUGACGUUGGAUAUCAAAAUAACCGUGACGUCAUUCCGCAUGGUCACGUGAUAGAGCCCACUGAAGAGCCGUCAGGUUAUGACGCUUUGCCCAAAAGAAAUUCAUUGCCGGAACAUUUUAACGACUUGUCGGUUCUCAAAAGUGUUUAUGAUAUAGAAAAAUAAGAUAUGCACCUCAAAAUGCAGUUUGAUACAAAACUUAUAAUGUUUUAAGACACUCUGUCCGUGGGAUAGUAGACCUUAUUCUUGCAAUAGUAAAAACUAUUACGACAAAUAAUUGGCCUGUUCUUCGAAGGAACUAAAUACUCAUUCAUAACAUCUGAAUAUGCAAUGAGAAAUGGAAGUGAGAACAUCACAGGAUACUUCAGAGCGGUAAAUGCUAUAAUGUAAUCCCCGACUUUUUUAUUCAGAAACUCAGCAUAUUAUUGCUAGCUUCUAUGGCAAGCGUGUUACGUGCAUCCGUGUCCAGGAAU